GCUGUGGAGAGCGUACAUUGACGUCAGAUGACGUGUCCUCCCGAAAGACUGUGAUCCAAAUUAUGUUUCUGCUACAGACAGAACGCAUGUUGAAGAUAUAGCCCAAGUUCCGGGACCGAUUGCAUCCUUUUGUCCCAAGGACUACAACUUGAAGGGAGAUGGAACAAAAGAGCAACAAGUUAUGCCGCAAAGUUUCCAUUGCCCGGUGCACCAACUUUUCCGUAGAAGGUGGAUUUUCUACCAGUUCAUUUCUACGAACUCGUCUGCUAUCGUUCGGGGAGACCACAUUUGCACAAAACUCCCCGACGAGGGGAUGCGUUUCUCGCUACGGAUCUUCGGGAUUUUCCCAAGUACAAACCUAUCCGGCCCAAAGCGAACUGCGAAACUGGUUCCUCCACAAACGACCUCAAACUCGGGAACGCACACAGAUGCACCGCACGCGUAACAGUCUUACUUCGCUCGGCUGUGGUGUGCGCGAAUACGUCGUGUUCCGCGAUCGGCCUUUGCUUCCCAUCGCGAGGUGGGGAUAGCGUCUAUAAAAGCAUGCGUAAUCGACUUUACUUCGUGUAUUUUACAAUCAGCCAUACGCGUAAAACCUUUACCCAAGAACGUGUUUCGCGUUUCGUACCGUACCUAUUUUACGCCAAACAGUGACGUUUCCGUACGCGCGUGCAAAUCCAUCCAUCGUUCCAGCGAGAAACUAGCGCAAUCAAGUGUUUUGAAUUACGCAAUAACGGCAACAACCGGUGAAGCGACGGUGAUAACAAACAAUUCCAACAAAAUGGUGAUAGCUACCAAGAUCCGUACCAGCAGCAUUAGCAGCCACCUUGAGGACACGAUUGACGCCAAGUUGGCGAAUAUGUUCAUCGAUUCUAGCGGCAAGGAUACGCCCGGUGGAAUGGUGCCGGAACCGAUCGGUGCAACCGUUCGGCGUGCCCUUGUUGCAGCGAACCGUGAGGACCGUGCCAUCGUCGGAUUGUCCGAAUCGAUAAACGCCCUUUCAAAGACGCCGGAAGAUUUUCUCUUCUGCUUUCUGGCUGCUUCGGGAAAUCCGGCCAACCACAUGCAUCAGGUGUUGCUGGAGGCGUUCUGUUUCGAGCAUGACAUUUACAUAAUUAAGGUUGAUAGCGCGGAAAAGUUAAGCCGAAUGCUCGGUACUCAGCGCAUUGAAUCAUGUGCCUUGCUGCAGAAGAGCUGGUCCGAGGGAUGUACAGAAACCAUCACCGAUGUGGAGGACCAGCUCGUUGACUAUUGCGAGGAACACUGGGAAGCUCCAAUAAAGCCAAUUGUCAAGCUACCGGAAAAGUAACCCCGCCACAUGCUCCAAGUAUCCAAGUGAUAAUGUGAAAAUCCCCCCAAAAAAGAAAUCUUUGCCGAUGGUGCAAAGCGUCGUGCUAGGAGAAGAUUUCGAAGUUGCUCCUACCGUCCGAUUGAUGGAUAGCAAAGGUCGAAGCAUACCGAUCGAGAGUGAGACAACGGUGCAAAAUAUCGAACGUUUUCAAAGUGGUUUGAUUUCACUUAAACUUAUUAGUGAAGGUUCAAGUAUGAUCGUUUCACGAAAGUGUUUGCACGAUCAGUGAAGACAGUAAAAGUGAAUCGAAACCAAAACCUUCUGCGUUGAUAAAUCGUUGCGCUCAGUGAUCAAAAAGAGAAAAUCAUAAGAACAACCGUGCAAAAGUGUAAAAGGACAAUAAUAUGCUACACACUACAGUUGCGUUUAGGAUUAUACCACAUCCUCAUAUACGUGCCUCAUAUACCGGAGGACCGGGUGUCGUUAUAGACAUCGACAAAGAAAAGUGCUAAAUUAAAAUGAGUGUACAACACGCAACAUUACGAUUUAGUUUAGCAUAGACAUAUCUAAAUAACAAAAAGAAACAAAUGAAAUAAAACAAUUAUACUACAUUGGAUAAA